CAACAGCUGCAGGAGGACUUCGUGUGGGCCAUGGCUGGUGUGUUGGUUGAAAUGUUGUCGGUAGUGCUGACUGUGACUCUGCUGCUCGUUCCAAUACAGGGCUGGAAACAUAUCGAUUGGACUCAACUUUCUAAUUCUGAUGAGCCGGAGCAGUGGCGUAAACCACAACUUGUUACCUUGACAGAUGACCGUCUUGUCUUAGACAGUGAAGAAGAUGAAGUUCCUGAAUAUGUACUCCCUGAAGUUAAAGGUGCCUCCACUAGUGAAAAUGUCAACCCUUUUGCUGACCAUGGAUUCCAGGUAGACGCAGUAGAUGCCCAUCUAAGGAGUUGGACCAGCAGGCCUAGUUCUUCUGUAUUAGAGGUGGUCUGUAGUGAAGUUGGCUUCCAGAUUACACUCCUUGCUGGUUCAUUAAGUGAAGUCACAGUUUUGGGCUCAAAGAAACUUCUACCUGUCAUGGAUGCUCCCAAAUCUUGUGGUUAUGAAGUGGACUCUUUCAACAACACCUUGACUGUCCCCUUUACUGGAUGCCAUGUGAAACAUACUGAUCACUACAGCCUGGAGUUGUUGUAUGUAGAUGAGAUUGGUCAAACACAAGUUGCAACUGCAUCUUGUGAGGAAAAUUUAAAGAUUGGCCCUCGCCUCAGUGGCAAAUUCAACUCAAAGUGCUUCAAACCAGUUGCUACCCCACCACCCUCAAAUCCAUCAAUUCAUUCAAAAUUACAGCUACAAGGGAUGAUGGACCAUUAUAAAAUGUCUGUUUCAGGUUGUGAUGUUCCCUUGGAGGAGCAGUUGGCUUGUGGUUUUAAAGGGAUAGUUUCCUCAAGCUGUGAGAUGAGGGGAUGCUGUAUGUCUUCUUCUGGCUGCUACUACCCACUUGAUGCAUGCACUGGGGGAAACUUUGUUUUUGCCAUUCGAUUCAACUCGGCAUCCAUCCCUUUGGAUCCCACCAAGCUCAUUAUUCCCGGGAGUCCAAAUUGUAAACCAGUCCUUGUUAAUGACAAGGUUGCCAUCUUUAAGUUUAAAGUUACAGAAUGUGGAGCUCGGUCUUAUGAAGUUGGUGAGACAACUAUCUACCUGGCUGAAGUGCAGUCUGUUGUACAAACUUUGAAUCUCAAGUAUGGGAUAAUAACCAGAAGCAAUCCCCUCAAGUUUAUGGUUGAAUGCCGCUACAACAAAGUGGGGGCCAGUCAGCAGGAACUUGCAAGUGUCGGCUACAUGGUCAAGACCCCAAGUUCCAGCUUGCCAUUGUCUAUUAUCUCACAUGGCUUAUACGGUGUCACACUAAGAAUUGCUCAUGAUGAGACCUAUUCAAGCUACUUUCCUACUUACCAUCAGCCCUUGCGACUGCUCCUUGGCAAGCCAGUGUAUCUUGAACUGCUCCUGAAGUCUCCAAAACCAGAUGCAGUAAUUCUUGUCAACUACUGUUUAGCUUACCCUCGCUCUGCAAAGAAUGCUCUGGUGCUCAUUUAUGAAGGGUGUGCCAAUCCUUAUGAUCCAACUGUGUCUGUCCUUAAAGUCAUUGGCCUUCCCAAAAAUCGGCACCAAAGGCGCUUUCUGGUCCAGGCCUUCGAGUUUAUGGAUCAAAAAACAAACAAGUAUCUUGAUGAAGAAAUUUAUUUUAUGUGCUCUACAGAAGUUUGUAGGACAGAUGAAAAGACUUGUGAAGAACAGUGUUUUGAUGGAAAGAUAUAUACUGGUGGGUCUUUUGGAGAGGGUAUGGCCCACCAAGUGCCCUCCAGGCCACAUGGGCAGGCACAUGCUGGGCCCUCCGGGCAGGCACACCAAGACACCUCCGAGCCAGAUGGGCAGGCACACGAUGGGCCCUCCGGGCAGGCACACCAAGACACCUCCGAGCUAGAUGGGCAGGCACACCAAGACACCUCCGAACCAGAUGGGCAGGCACACGAUGGGCCCUCCGGGCAGGCACACCAACACACCUCCGAACCAGAUGGGCAGGCACACCAAGACACCUCCGAACCAGAUGGGCAGGCACACGAUGGGCCCUCCGGGCAAGCACACCAGCAGACCUCCGAGCCAGAUGGGCAGGCACACCAGGAGACCUCUAGGCCAGAUGGGCUGGCACAUGAUGGGCCCUCCGGGCAGGCACACCAGGUUACCUCUGGGCCAGAUGGGCAGGUAGAUGAUGGGCCCUCCAGACCAGAUGGGCAGGCACACGAUGGGCCCUUCGGGCAGGUACACCAGGGGAGCUCAGGGCCACUAAGGCAGGAACCAUUAGGAGUCACUGGCCAGUCGGCAUGUUGGGGACGGCGUCAGAAUGGGCCCUCCGGGCCUCCACGGCAGGCAAACCAAGGGCCCUCCGGUUUGGCCGUGGAGAAUGGACUCAAAGGCAAAGGAGUUCCUCUUGUUUUCAUGUACUUGAAAUAA